AUGACUGGACAAGAAAGAAAACCAGUUAAAUUACUUUUGAUUGGAGAAACAGGAAAUGGUAAAAGUUCAUUAGGUAAUUUUAUUUUAAAGAAGAAUGUUUUUACAGUUAGUGAUAGUCCAAACCCUGAAACAACAGAGAUAAAUGGAGAUUAUGGAGAAUAUGAUAGAAAUAAUGUGUUUGUUAUUGACACACCCAGUCUUCAAGAAUCAAGAGAAUUUAAUGAAAGGUUUUUGAAUGAUAUGGUUAAUUCUGUUAAAGAACAAGGAGGAAUACAGGGAAUUGUUAUUGUUCUAAACUAUAGCAUUAACACAAUUUCCAACAACCUGAAAAUAAUGAUUCAGAUAUUAAGUAAUGUUUUCCCAGUUUCAGAAUUUUGGGGACAUGUAUGUAUUGUAUGGAAUAAAUGCUACUAUUUUUUCUCACAAAACCAAUUGAAAAUGCAAAAGGAGAAUAAAAGAAAUGAAUUUCUUCCAGAAUUAUUGAAACGUACUAAAGAAACCACCGGAACAGAAGAGAGUGUUGUUAUUCCAAUGUGUUAUGUAGAUUCUCAACCAGAUGAAGAAGAUGAUAACAUCAGGUCAGAAAAUGAAAUAGAAAGUUUAAUAAAGUGGGGCAGUGAAUUAACUCCUAUUAACAUCGAUAUAAUUGAGAAUAGAUAUGGUGAAUAUAAAAAAAUAAUCACAGAAGAAAAAGAACAAACAGAAUCAAUGGGAAAUAAUGGUAAAUAUAUAAUAACACAAGUCAAACAUAUGAAAAGAGAAAUAAGAAUUUAUUAUAAUGGAGAAAUUAGGUAUGGUAAUUGGAAAAUUAUAAAAGUUGAAAGUAAUGAAAUUACAACAACAUCAAAUAUAGUAUUAAAAGUAACAACAGGAAUUGUAGUAGCAGCAACUGCAGUAAUAGCAACAGGCACAAUUAUAUAUUUUGUUGGUAAAGCUAUUUCAUUAUGGUGA